AUGCAAAAGCAUAUUCCAUUAUUAGAAUUUGGCAUAAAGACACAAAUGCAAGAUGACAAUUCAAAUGAUUCUGAUGAAUCUAAUGAUUCAGAUGAUUCAGACGAAUUGGACGAAUCAGAUGAUUUAGAUAAUGAAAAGAGAGCAUUCGUUUAUGAUUCAGAAGUUAAAAAAGAUGACAGAAGUUGA